GUAAAUGGAGCAGACGACAUAUAGUCUAAGUUGAAAGUUACGUGUUGUGGCUUUAAUAUUCCUAUAAGCAAAUAACUGUAAGUAUCCUCUCAGAGACUUGAUAGUAAAUACAAAUGCUCUAUUACAAAUUUCUCAUUAAGAAGUUUUAAGACCUAUUAGUAAUAUGGUACGUUAAUGAAAUUAAAGAUAAGAUAUUUCAAUAUGCCUUGGGUGCAUUGGACAUAUUCGUGCUUAAUUACUCUCAAACAAUAGCUUUGUAGUCAUCUAUUUUGCUUUAUCAAUUGUUAAAAUGAUUAUACUCAUGUUAAUUUCAAUUAAAGAAAAUAUGGUUUUUAUCUUGAUCUUACAUUUCCUUGCAUCAUUCAUUGCAUUCAUAAAUUAAACUGAAAUUAUUGAAAUCUCUUUCGUUUCAGAUUCUUGCAAGCAUGGGUAGUGUGGACGAAGAAAUAGCCACGUUUAGACGAGAUAUUAAAAAAGGGAAUUCAUUGACCUCUUAUGAAAUUGCUUUGAAAACUGUUAAUAUUCUACGAAAAGUAAUCUCCGAAUAUCGAUGGGCAAACGCUAGAGAACUAAUGGAGGAAAUGAAAGAAAAGGGAAAGAAUAUGAUGAGCGUUGCAUCCAAUCAAUCAACUAUCGGAAAUAUGGUUCGAAAAGUGUUGAAAAUUGUACGAGAAGAACAUGCAAGAUGUCUCGAAGAGGAUGAUAAUACUAUUGAGCCAGUCAGAGAGGAAUCUUUAACAAAAUUAUACUUGCUUAAAUCAGAAGAUACUUUUUCUCGUCCAGUUGAAAAUUUAAGGACGAAUAUGUACGAAGCAUUGACUGACUUAAUAUCAGAAUUGGAGACAAGUCGAGAAGAUAUAAUAAAUCAAGCAGCAGAGCAUAUUCACUCAAAUGAAGUAGUCCUUACAUUUGGUUAUUCAAGUAUAGUCCUAGCAUUUUUCAAAAAAGCAAGAAAGCAGAUAGAAUUUCAAGUUAUUGUGGUUGAAGACGCACCAAAAUUCAAUGGUCAAAAAAUGGCUGCGGAAUUGGCACAAUCUAAAAUUAAAACAACUGUUAUAAAUGACUCAGCUGCCUUUUCGAUAAUGGCAAGAGUGAAUAAAGUUUUCAUUGGUACACACGCUAUAAUGGCAGAUGGAGGUUUGAAAGCAAAAUGUGGUAUUCAUAAUAUAGCUUUAGCAGCUAAGAGACAUUCUGUACCAGUUAUCGUUUGUGCUGCACUAUAUAAGCUCUCUCCAGAAUUUUUCACAUCACAUGAUCAGUCAUCUUUCAAUAAGCUUGGCUGUCCUCAAGAAGUUCUCAAUUUUGCAGAGUGUGGUAUUCCCAGCGAUGUUCAAGUAUACAAUCCUAUUUAUGAUUAUGUUCCACCCGAUCUUGUAACUCUAAUUAUAAGUAACAUGCUACUAGACAAAUUUAAAAGCAAAACUUUUUCAGAGGAGGAAAUGCCCCAACAUACGUAUAUCGACUUUUGA